GGUACAAGCGGCAUCCACCCGCUUCCCAUCAUAAGACAACCAACCAGCCCACCCGCGGCUACCGCUAUAUCGUCAAUUAUUAUUAUUAUUAUUAUUAUGAUCAUUGUGGGUAACAUACCUGUCAAGUGUUUACCUACGAUAAAUUUUCCGUCUUCUGUUGAAAAGUGAAAACUAGAACGGUUCACGGCGACGGCAAUGCAAGUCGUUUCGAUUUUACCCGUCCGACAGGGUUACGACUACGGACUUCGUUUGUUUUGUUUCUUAAAAUGUAAAUGAUUUUGCUUAAAGAAUCCAAUUUAUUUCAUACACGAGUCCGUUGGUUACCCAUUUUAUUUUUCCUAUAUGCCGUCGCUAGAAAUAACACUCAUAUCUGUAGGUAAUCUAAUCACGUUAAGCUGAGACUUGAGAUUGCUAGUUAUAUAAAAGAAAUAUGCUUGCCUGUGCAGAAAUUUCAAAAAUGAACACAUGCGGUAUUCAACAGAUUACACUUGGAUCAAAUAUUAUUGUUGAUGGUUUAUUUUUCAAUGAAACAAAUAUUAAAUUAAAUAGUUCUCAAGAUGAAGUGAUACUAUCAGAUUCAUCCAGUGUUCAAAAAUAUAUUCCAACAGAUACUCGCAACAAAUCGAAAAUAGAUCAUUUAGAUGUUAGUAAUAAUAAAUCAAAGAAACAUAAGCUUAAAUUAAAAAAAAGUCAACAAAUAUCCUUAAAUAAACUAAAUCUUAAAACUCACCUGAAAAUUCAACCAUCCAUAAAACAGUCCUAUACAUGUACUGUUUGCCAAAAAUUAUUUCAUUACAAAUACCGAUACGAUGCUCAUAUACAAAGUCAUAAUAUUGAAAAACAAAAAUAUAAGUGUAAAAUUUGUGAUAAAUCUUUCACACGUAAAUAUCAUAUCAGCAUCCAUAAUAGAACACAUACAGGUGAAAAACCAUAUAAAUGUGAACUAUGUGAGAAAUUGUUUUCAAUGAAACAUCAUCUCUUAUCUCAUAUCAGAACUCAUACAGGUGAAAAGCCUUACACUUGUGAAAUGUGUAAUGAAUCAUUUACCCGCAAAGAUAUUCUGAGCAAGCACGUUAGAACUCACAUAGGAGAACAACUUUCAACAUGUGUAAAAUGUCAAAAACAAUUUUCUAUGAAAACGUACACUGGAGAGAAACAAUACUUCUGUCAUUUGUGUCAACAAAUCGAGCCUCAAUCCAAUAUUAUGAAUAACAUUAACACUAAUUUAAAUCAUGACUUAGAAAUGUUUGACAAUGACAAACGUAUUGAGACAACAGACCUCAUUGAUAUAAAAUAUGAAAACAUAGAAAAUAGUGAUGAUGAAUCAAAAAUUCUAAUGUCUCCAUCAAACAUGUUAACAUAUCAACCCUAUGAUGAAAUGCUGAAUAACACUAAAGAAUUUCAAUCUGAUGUAAAAUGCCUUGAGACAUUCUGCAGUGUAGAAUUUAAAGAAAAACCAUAUAAAUGUCACAUGUGUCAGCAAUUAUUUUCUAAUAAACAAAAUCUUGAUUCUCAUAUAAGAAGUCAUACUACAAAACAACCUUAUACAUGUACAAUUUGUAAGAAAUCGUUUUUCUAUAAAUACCGUUUUGAUGCUCAUAUAACUAAUCAUAAGAUGGACAAAUAUAAAUGUAAAAUUUGUGAGAAAUCUUUCACCCGAAAGUACCAUUUUGAUACUCAUUAUAGAAUACACACUGGUGAAAAACCGUUUAAAUGUGAAAUAUGUCUGAAAUUAUUUUCGUUAAAACAUCACCUUAUAUCCCAUGUUAGAACUCACACUGGUGAGAAACCGUUUAAUUGUGAGCUUUGUAAUGAAUCAUUUCGCCGUAAAGAUAUACUUAGUAAUCAUAUUAGAAUUCAUACUGGAGAAAAACAAUUUGUUUGUAAUUAUUGCGAAAAACAAUUCUCUAUGAAACAAUAUCUUAUAAGACAUAUGAGAACACACACUGGGGAAAAACCAUUCAUUUGUCAUGUAUGUCAAAAAAGGUUUUCACAGCGAUCUGGCCUUGAUUGUCAUAUAAGAAUCCACACUGGAGAGAAACCGUUUCAAUGUGAGGUAUGUAAAAAACUAUUUUCUAGAAGAGACAAUUUAACACUUCAUAUGUCAACACAUAAUAUUAAUAUAGAAGAUGAAACUGAUGAUUUUUUAUCAACAAAUGUGUAUUGCAAUGAUGAAGCAAUUAAAAAAACUAAUUGUUAAUUUUGUAACCAAUUAAUGUGUACAUUUAUACACAUUAAUAAAUAAUUCACCAUUCUAGUCCUAACUGCCUCAACCAGAAAACAUCUAAACCAGGAAGUUGUAUUAAGGGAAACUUUUUUAUUUAUACACAUGUUAUCUUAAAAUGUAUUGAUUUAUAUAAUUGUUAUUUAGUUAUUAAUUCAAAUUCAAAUUGUAUAAAACUUUAUUAUUUUUAAGUAAAUUUAACAGCAUAUAAUUCUUUUAACUUUCUUGUUUUUUUAUAAAUUCUUUUGUAUAAUUAUACACUUACAAAAUAAAAUAAUUUCAAGAUCAAACUAAUUCUUAGUAUUCCAAGUUCCAAAAGUUAAUAUAUUAUAUUUAUUGUUUAUUGGUGUUUUUUAACUUAUAAAUGUUGUUCAUUAUAUUUUAUUUAUUUAACAUCUAUACAUUAAUAUCAAUCAUAUAAAAUGCAAUAAAAUUCAGUAUUUUGUAAUUAUGAUACUAUUGGAUUUACUUUUUAUAACACCCAGAUAAGUGGUUUUUGGUCAAAAUGUUGUAAUAAGCAAAUAUUAAAACAUAAUUAUUAU